AUGUCAGACCCUCGAAACUAUACGGUCGGGUGGAUUUGUGCCAUUUCCACCGAGUUUGUCGCGGCUCGCGCGUUCCUCGACGAGGUCCACGACGGACCUACAGAAGUCGCCCGGAAUGAUAGCAACUCGUACGCGUUAGGCCAGCUCGGCAACCACAACGUCGUUAUCGCAGUCUUGCCAGACGGCGAGUAUGGGACGACGUCGGCUGCGGUUGUCGCUCGCGACAUGCUUCAUAGCUUUCCCAACAUCCGGAUCGGAUUGAUGGUCGGCAUCGGGGGCGGCGCGCCAAGCUCGAAGCAUGACAUACGCCACGGCGAUAUCGUCGUCAGCAGCCCGCGCAACGGGACAGGCGGGGUGUUGCAGUAUGAUUUCGGCAAAUCGAUACAGUCUCAAGCUUUCCAAGAGACAGGGUUCCAAAAUCAGCCGCCGACGGUGUUGCGGACGGCUGUUAGUGGGCUGAGGGCCAUGUACGAAGCGGACGGCCACCAACUCGAUGAAGAUAUUAAGACGAUUCUCGGUCAGAAACCGCGACUUCGGAAGAAAUACGCGCGGCCGCAACCAGGUAGUGACAGAUUAUACAAGUCAGACAUUGUACAUCCUCCGGACACAGAGGGAAGCUGUGCGGAAGUAUGUGGAAACGACCCCUCGCAGUUGAAGCAACGCGGUGAACGUGACGAAUACGACGACAACCCGAUGGUCCAUUACGGACUAAUCGGCUCUGCGAAUCAACUUAUGAAAGACGCAUUGCUUCGGGACAAACUCGCUGCGGAGAAGAAUGUGCUAUGUUUUGAGAUGGAGGCGGCCGGUCUGAUGAACCACUUCCCAUGCUUGGUCAUCCGUGGCAUAUGUGACUAUUCCGACUCGCACAAGAAUGACGAGUGGCACGGCUUUGCGGCUAUGGCAGCUGCGGCAUAUGCGAAAGAUCUGCUUCGCAGAAUCCCACCUAACAAGGUUGAAGCUGAGACGAGAGUUAAGGAAGUCUUAGAAAGCCUGGGUGAACGACUAGACCAGAUUGGGUCUGCAACAGGUACAAUAAGAACUAUGGUUGAUUCGAUGAGCUCCGAUAGCCACAUGGAAAAGUUCAAGAUCUGGCUUUCGCCCCCUGACACAUCCAACAAUGUCAAUCAUGCAAGAGAAAGCCGGCAUGAAGGAACCGGUUCGUGGUUUCUGAACAGUACUAUCUUCCAGGAAUGGAAGCUCGGAACGCUUCAGCACCUUUGGCUUCACGGAUUGCCAGGCUGUGGCAAAACCGUGCUCGCUACGACGAUUCUUGAUCAUGUAGCGCAUUUGAACGAUCGUGUCACUGUCGAUUUCUUCUUCGAUUUUAGCGAUGCGACGAAGCAAAAGCCCGAGGACAUGUGCCGAUCGCUCGCCUUCCAGCUUUACGCCCGUCGCAUCGAAGCAAGAAAGGAACUAGACGACCUUUUCAAGUCUCACCAAAGCAACAGAAAACAGCCGACGACGCAAAUGAUUUUUGAAUGCUUUCAGAAGAUGCUUCAGGGUAUUGAGAAACUAUGCAUCAUCGUCGAUGCCGUGGACGAAUGCAUUAAGAGAACCGAACUGCUCAAAUGGAUACAAAGCAUCGUUUCCAACCCUAAUCUCGCUCAUGUGCAAUUUCUUGUCACCGGCCGGUCGGAAGAAGAAUUUGUACGCGGCUUCAAGAGUAUCUUUGGCGAGAACAACUGUAUACCUCUUGAAAAGGAUUCCGUAAAUGCGGACAUUCGAUCGUACAUCAGCGCCAGGCUAAAAGAAAGCGAAGAGUUUAAAAAAUGGGCUUCGACACCAUCCGUACUACAGAGCAUCCAGGACGAAAUCGGACACAAGGCAGAUGGGAUGUUCAGGUGGGCAGCGUGCCAACUCGACAGCUUGGAGGCAUGUCUCGACCGCGAAGAGCUUCAAACCGCUUUAAAGUCUCUACCAAAAGACCUAGACGCAACGUAUAGUCGUAUUAUUCAGAAUAUCCCACAGCAUCGAAAGAAUAAGGCAAUUAGGCUGCUUCAAUUUCUCGUCUGCGCAGACCGUGCUUUAACUCUCCAAGAGGCUGUCGAUUUGAUAGCCGUUCGCAUCGAGAGCGGCGGCGGAUUCAAUCCAGAAGAUAGGUUGCCUGACCCGGAGGAUAUCACGAGAUUUUGUCCAAGCUUGAUCACCCUGGUGGAGGCUUCGAACUUUGUCAAAGCCAGGGUUGUAUUGCAACUAGCGCAUUUCUCUGUCAAAGAGUACCUGUUGCGGCAUGAUGCCGAAAGGUUUACUAAAAUCGGACCCAGCAUCACUAUUACAAGGACUUGUUUAACAUAUCUUACAAGCGUGAAUAAGGACGUAGUAGGAGAAAUCCUAUCUCAGUUUCCACUGGCACCAUACGCGGCAGAGAUCUUGAUGCAACAUGCGAAACCUGCCGAAAGCUUAGGAGAUGUUGCGGCAGCAAUGGUGUGCUUCCUCCAAAAUCCGACGACAUUGCAGAUGUGGGCAACUCUAUCGCGGUCCGACUAUCCGCAGGUUAUCCCGGCUGUUCCAGAGGCAUCCAGUUUGUACUACGCGUCUGAACAAGGGCUCGUGGCAACCGUCAAAAGGCUACUAUCCACCCCGAUAGACGUUAAUGCCAAGGGCGGCCCACGUGGCAACGCUCUCUGUGCUGCUAUGGACAACAGAGAAGCGGAGAUUGUGCGAAUGCUUCUAGAAAAUGGAGCAGAUGCCAACUCCCAGGGCAGCUGGUAUGGCAGCAUUCUCUGUUCCGCUGUUGGCAGCCAAGAAAAGGAGAUUACCAAAAUGCUCCUAGAUAGGGGAGCUGACGUCAAUGCCCAAGACAGCCAGUUUGGUAACGCUCUCUGUGUUGCUGUUGUCAACCAAGACAAGGAUAUCAUCCAAAUGCUCUUAGAUAAGGGAGCAGACGUCAAUGCCAGGGGUCGCAAUUUUGUUAACGCCAUCUGUGUUGCUGUUAUCCAUCAAAACAAGGAGAUUAUUCAAAUGCUUCUAGAUAAAGGCGCAGACGUUGAAGCUCAAGACGGCUAUUAUAGAGACACUUUACAUGCUACUUUCAAUAGCUAA